AUGCAGUCUUACUAUAUAAACAAUUACACGCCGCCCCAGGGCUACGAAUUAGGGGAACUUCCGCGGCCUGAAAUCGAGAAUGUGAUGGAAGUUCUCAUCAAGGUUCACGCUGCUAGCGUGAACCCGAUUGAUGUCAAGAUGGCUGGUGGAGCGACGAAGAUGAUGACUUCGUUCGAGUUCCCGUAUAAGCUUGGAUAUGACUGUGCAGGGACGGUGACAGAGGUCGGGUCCGGGGUUACGCGCUUCAAGGUCGGUGAUGAAGUUUAUGUUCGUCUCCCGGAGAGCACAAGGGGUUCCUGGAGCGAAUAUGCAAAGGCUCCCGAAGAAGUCAUUUCCUUGAGGCCGAAGAACGUAACGUUUGACGAAGCGGCGUCCCUUCCUUUAACGGCAUUGACUGCAUAUCAGUCCUUGAAGCGCGCUGGCGAUUUGAGCGGAAAGACAGUUUUUGUUCCUGCUGGAUUGAGCGGUACCGGCGCAUACUGCUGUCAACUUGCGAAAAACGUCUUCAAAGCCGGAAAGGUGAUUACAACGGUAUCGACUGGGAAGAUUCCCAAGGUCCCAGAAUUACUUGGUGAAGGCGUAGUUGAUCAGAUCAUCGACUACACCAAAUCAGACCCCAAGACCGAAAUCCCAGCUGGCUCCGUUGACUUCAUGUUCGACACCGUGGGCAUUGCGAUGAGUUGUCUCUCCCUCAUGCGUCCGAAAACCGGUCACUUGGUAUCGAUCUCCACCACUCCUAGUGGAGAUCAUCUAGCGGAAGCUGCUAACAUUCAGAUGGGAUUCCCCUUCCGACACAUCCUCAACUUCCUUGACAGCGUACGCGUGUGGCGGUCCAAUCGUUGGAAUGUCAAAUACGAAUACAUCUUUAUGCAUCCAGAUGGUAAGGAUUUGGAGGAAUUAAAAGAACAUGUUGAAAAUUUGAAAUUACGACCUAUUGUCGGCAAUAAAGUGCAUUACAAGGAUGUGAAGGCUGUCAAGGAAGCUUGUGAUGUGGUGUAUAAGGCCAAGGGAGGGAUUGGAAAGCAAGUCAUUUCUUUUGAGUAG